AAAUCUAUCCAUUAAAUUGUUGUUUCUAAUCGAACACAUUUGUGGGCUGCACAACAAUAUGGCGGGGUAAAAGCCAGGUUAUGACUAGACGGGAUGCAGCUUUUGUCAAAUUAACAUCAUAUUUGACUUUUCGCAGCAAGUUAUGAUAAUUUACGAAACAGGUUAAGAGAAUGAACGUAGCAGGUUAGGAUAAUUGUGUUAAGUUUAUGACAAGAGUUAUGGUUAGUGUUAGUAAAAUGCAAAAUAAAUCAACUUUUGAUGUUAAUUUGACCAAAGCUGGAUACCUUCUAGUCUUGACCGGGUAACCACGGCAGAAAAAGAACGGAGUGACUCGAUGUUGUUUUAGAAUAAGACGAUAACAUGGAGUCCAUUGAUUUGGAGAGGGAGGACCCUUCUAGCUCACUAUCUGGAUAUGCCAAUGGAGAGAUAAUGACCCUGGAGAUCACAGACGUCUCUCCAGACUUGCUUGUUCUCGAGGUAAAAGACAACCUACCUGAAAGUAACCAUGGCAGCCUAGACAUGGAGAUGGAUGCUGACUUUCAUAAUGAUGAUGGGCAUGGUUUUGCGAAUGUGGAACUCCAGUUCUUUCCAUGUGAUGCCUGCGAAGCCUCCUUCACUAGCGAACCAGAGCUGGAGCAGCACUUCAUAAGCUCUCAUUCAAUAUGUGAUGUAGCAAGUGAGAGAGGAAGACCAAAAGCCAAGUCAAUGGAAACAGGUGUCUCACCCCUGCACACCUGCAUGACUUGUGGGAAGGUGUUCAAAUACCUAACUUCAUUUCGAAAACAUGAGGAAACUCAUAUCAAAGCCCUGUACACCUGCAAGACUUGUGGGAAGGAGUUUAAAUACCUAACUUCAUUCACAAAGCACCAGGCCACUCACAUUGUACCAAGACUGAGAGGAAAUGGAAAGUCAAUCAUAGCAGUAGGCUUAAAUGUCAAUCAGAAAGUGAAAGGCCUUCACACCUGCAGGCACUGUGGUAAGGGGUUCAAAUACCUAACUUCUUUCAUAAAGCAUGAGAAGACACACAGGAUAACCAAAAAAAGCAGAAAAAAACAGAGGAACCCUUCAAGUUCUGAGAUUAUUGUACGUCUUGAAGGCAAUAGGAAAGAUGCCACAGAAACUUGUGUAAGGGCCAUCAAGAAAAACAGGAAGAACAGCGACGAUACUGAGGAUCAGGAUGCAUGUAUUCUAAUAUCUUCUGAUGAUGAACUAGCCAACACUGCAGAGCAGCAAACGCCUGACUCUAACCAUUCUCCUCCUUUUCCUUCUGACUCUAACCAUUCUCCUCCUUUUCCUUCUGACUCUAACCAUUCUCCUCCUUUUCCUUCUGACUCUAACCGUUCUCCUUUUCCUUCUGACUCUAACCGUUCUCCUCCUUUUCCUUCUGACUCUAACCGUUCUCCUCCUUUUCCUUCUGACUCUAACCGUUCUCCUCCCCCUUUCUGA